AUGUCGCUAAACGAACAGAGUCUUGAUACUAACCUAAGAGAAUUAACAGCAAAACGUAGCUCAUUUAAAGGCCGACUCACUAAGUUUAAAAAUAACUUAGACGUUUUGUCUAGUUGCAAGUCGAUUUCGCCAGUCGAAGUCAGCAAAUUAUCAAUUAAAUUAAGCCGAUUUGAAACAUUGUUUACGGAUUUCGAUGAGCUACAAACGCAAAUAGAGGUUCUUAAUGUAGAAGACCAAGACGCGGAAUUAAAUAUUCGCGAAACUAUUGAGCAAGACUUUUGCUAUUGCAUCGCGACUGCCCAGCAAUUAAUUGAUACGAAUUCUACUCCAAAGAAACAAAAUAAUUCAUCGCAUUCUUGUCAUGAUCACGACGAAUGCGACGGGUUGUUGGGUUUUAAGUUACCCACUAUUAAAAUUUCAAACUUUGAUGGUUCUUAUUACAAAUGGCUGGAAUUUAAGGACACCUUUGUGUCUCUAGUCCAUGAUAAUACUAGAAUAAAAGAUAUACACAAGUUUUAUUAUUUGAAUUCAUACCUAGAAGGAGAGGCCGCCCGCGUGAUAAGUAAUUUGGAAGUAAGUGAUAAAAAUUAUAGUAAGGCAUGGCAGCUUCUCUGCGAGCGUUAUGAUAAUAAGCGCCAAUUGAUAAAUAAUCACUUAAAGGCUUUGCUCAGUGUAGAUACGGUUCGCGAAACCGAGAAAUCUUUUCGUUUUAUUAUAGACCAUGUCACUAAAAACUUGCGUGCCCUUCACACAUUAGGGUUGCCUACUGAAAGUUGGGACAUGCUUAUAAUUUUUCUUAUUUCCCAAAAGCUAGACCCCACCACAAGUUUGAAGUGGGAAGAAAGCAGAAGCUCAUUGAAGGACAUCCCUACACUAGAUGAUUUCUUCCAAUUUCUAAAAAAUAGGGCAGAUGUAUUUGAGACAAUUAAAAGUAAACGUCGCAGUUCCAUAGAACCCUCACCAAAGGGUAAAAGAGAGUUUACUAAAUCCUUCUCAGCGACCAGUUCACCUUCUAAAUCUAAAGUUAAUUUUGUCUGUCCAGUUUGUAAAGGUAAACAUCGUAUUUACGAGUGCUUGACCUUCAAGAAUAAAUCUCCAGAAGAUAGAUCUGCACUCGUAUCUUCUCUAAAUCUUUGCCGGAAUUGCCUCCGCAAGGAUCACACCGUGGACCAGUGCCGCCUGUCUGGUGGUGGCUGUAAGAUCUGUAACCAACGGCACAAUUCACUGAUCCACGUCAACGUCUCCGAAAGUGAAGAAGAACCAGCACUAGAGACUGUUACCAUGUCAUCCACGUCGGUGACUGAAGUUCUACUAUGCACCGCAUUAGUUGAUUUGUUUAAUCCGACCUCUAAUGAAAAGGUCACAGUGCGUGCUCUUCUUGACAGCGGAAGCCAGUCCUCAUUCCUGACCACAGCUGUCAAACAAAGUCUUGGCUUACCUUCUCAAAAAAUCGAUACCAAGAUCAUUGGUAUCGGUGACACCAAACUAAAUGUUUUAUCAGAACGAUGUUUAGUACACAUUAAAUCAAAACAUUCCUCUUUCAAUACGACGAUAUCUUGUUUAGUUUUGCCUAAGCUUACAGGUCAAUUGCCUAAGAUUGCCUUCGAUAUUACAAGAUUGAAUAUUUCCAAUUUUCAGCUGGCGGAUCCAACAUUUAACAUUCCCUCUGAUAUUGAUGUUAUUCUGGGCGCAGAGCUGUUCUGGUGUAUCAUUGGCACUGAACAGCGUUCUCUUGGCCACUUACGUCCUUGCCGAGUCCACCUCUACUGGAUAUCAACACCAACCGACUCGACCGAUUUCAACGGCUGAAGCAGGCGCACCAGCACUUUUGGAAACGAUGGGCUAACGUUUAUGUGGCCGAACUACAA